GUCAGCUGAUCAUGAAAACAUAAACAAAGACGAAGAAAGAAAUCAACACAUUUGUACAUUUUACUUUAUGUUGCUUAAAAGUUAAAGAAUGAACAAACGUUUGGAUCGCUAAAAUACUAGGCAGUGUUGCCAAAUUUGCUAUCUUAAAUUAUUUUAGUUCCACGUGAACUUGAUAAGAAUGGAUUAGGACGAAGUUUCGUUCCGAUACUGUUUCGGGACAAUCAAAUGGUGAACUACCAAUUUGGCAGCUGACUGUACCUGAGAGAUGGGGGAACCAGCUAUGUAUGGAUGUUUUGACCAGCCUGACAGCUUGGAGGGAUGGGUAGCUAUCAAGGAAGACCCUUUUACCUGUAACACAAUACCACCCAGACUGCUGUUUCUUGUCUCCUGGAAUGAAGUAGACCGCAAAGUUGCAGUAACCUGCAGACUGAGAAACCGUGUUGUGAGUGAUACUGAAGAGCAUCAUGGUAGAUCUGGGCUGUUCAGUUUCCAAGAGUUACGAGGAAUACAUGAUAUGUUGUGCCUUAUACACCCGUCUUUAUCACCAUAUCUACCUGAACUUCCAGAGGAGCCUUGGGGUCUCUGGGCAUAUGUUAGUUAUCAGGAAACGCCAGGGAAUAUAGAUGAUAUAUGUGCAUAUUUAGAAAAUACCUAUUUUCCACUUGCAUUAGAGACCUGUAAAGAAAAGUUACUCAUGUCCACGAUGUUUGAAGAACAUUGCCAAGACGAAUAUUUUGAAAACUUAAGUGAGUUAAAGAGGCAAGGAUAUGAUCAGGCUAUAAAAAUAGCGGAAGAAGAAUUAAAGAAUGUCCUCUUUGAACGCGAAAAUGCCAGUAAUAUGACAGAGAUGGCAGAUGUUUACAGUAGGGAAGAUACUGCAGUGUUCAAAUUAAAUAUCGCCCUUGCGGAACUUUAUAAUUACUUACUUCAGCCGUUUCUUGAUCUGAGAGAAGUGGCAUGUAAGAAAGUUCGAGAAGCAAAAGCUGAGAUUCAGAACCCGGACAACGGAGAACGAGUGAGGCGAAAAUACUGCGAACAGUUGAUAGAGUGGCAACAACAUUAUGAACAAGCACUUGACAUGAUUCAAGAAAACUACAUGAAAUAUUACUCUAAAACAAAAAACAUCUUAAAAGCGAUGCUGGACAGACUUGAGGAAGAUAGGAAACGUUUUGGUCAGAUGUCUUUUCAGCUUAUUGCCCUUGAAAGGCUAUUCAGGAUUAAAGAAGAUCUUUCACUGGAAAAUUUACAGUUUCUUCAAAAUAAGAAGAAAAUGUAUGUACAGGAAAGGGACAAAGUUAAAGAAAUGAUUGCCAGCACAGAAGAGAAGCCAGGGGUGAAAGGUGAACUGAUGAAAUUAGAAAAUCAAGCUUUUGAUUGGCAGAUAAAAAUAUAUGACCUUCACCUGGAUAUUCUCAGGGAAGAAGAGAAAUUAGCCAAAACACAAAGAGAUGCAAUUACUAGAAAUAUUGAAGUUGAAGAAGAACGUGUUGUAUUCUAUGAUGCGGUAGAGGAUGUUGAAGAACUGAGUUCGGAGGAAGAAAUGCCGUCUAUGAUGAUCACUGAUCCACGAUUGAAAGCUUUAAAUAAUAAACUAAAAUUAAUAAAUACACGUAGAGCCAAACUGAGGAAUAAAAGGGGAAAUUUACAAGCAAAAAUUCAAAACAAAGAAUAUAAUAAAAGGGAGGCAGAGGAAAAGUUUAAACAGCAUCAUUCAGUUCAACGGAAAAGAGAUAUACAAAAGGAAGUACUGGGUAAAAAGCAGGAUUUUAUACAGGAUGAAAGAAAGAAAACUAUAGAUAGAUUGAAAACAUUUAAAGUUAAAUACCCAACACCCGCUACAAUCAAACCUCCGAGAUACCAGCCACCUAGUCAGAAAGGAGCUAGUAAUAUACCACAAACAACGAAAAAACUAUCGACUAUCAGAGAGAAAACUGCAGCCAAAUCAAACACAAAAACGGUCAAUUCUAAAGUUCAAAAAGUCAAAAACUCAACAUAUAAUGCAAGUUCUCGAAAGCCUGUACCCAGGCAGCGGACACGUAGUAAAGAUACUGUGGAUGGUACUGAAGACAUUCCUGUUACUAUUUAUAUUAGUGGUUCACCUGCCACAUCGGCACCUGAUAGUACGCCAGAAAACUCUACUAGUGCUCCACCCCCACCUCCCCCAGUACUGAAUGUGCCUCCCCCGCCUCCACCCCCACUAGCUGUGCCUCCUCCACCACCUCCUCCCCCUCCCCCACCCCCACCACCCCCAGGUCCACCUCCACCCAUGUCAAUACCUGUAAAGACUGUGAAAGGAGGGAAGAAAGAAAAUAGUCUACAGUCACAGCUGAAGAAAGAUGAAGAUGUAACACCAAAUCUGCAAGCUAUACAGCAGGGAUUGAAAUGUCUCAAACCCGCUGCAGAAAGACCAGAAAAACCUAAAGCAGCAGCGGACCCAAUGCUGGAAAUGGUCAGUCUAAUUAAGAAGGGAGUCAAAUUACGUCCAAUGAAAGAACGACAAGCAGAAGAAACACAGAAGCCAGACCAAGGGAGACAACUACAGUCGCCUUCAGAAGACCAUAUGAAAUUACUAGUUGAAAGUCUGAAUAGGAUAAGUGUAUUUACGCGUGAAAGUUCACCAGAGAGCGAGAGUGAUGACGGAGAAUUUGAUGAUUAAAUUUUUAUUGAAGUUUUUUAUCCACCAAUCCUGCCAUAGCGUCUUCUGUGAAUUUCUCCAGAUUUUCUAUUUAAUGCCAAAUAUGAAUUAUGCGGUGCAGUUGUCAGUUGUAAGCUAUGCCUUAUUCUUCAAAAAUGGCAGUUAUAACUUGUUAAAUUUUGAAGAUGUGCACUUUGUAUGUAGUCAGUAAUAAAUUUGGAAACAAUGAGAUUUUGGGACUGAUAACUUCCAAAUUUAUGAGUACCAGAGAAAAUCUCAAUGAGGAAAACUCGAGUGUAAAUACUACACCGCUGUACAGUUGAGAUCUUAAUAACAGGGCAUAUGUUUUGUAGAACACCUAUAUUUAAUGUUUCAGCUGUCUUAAUGCCCUAUUUAUUUGCCAUUUUUAAUAGUCGAAUGCUGCUGUAAGAUCAUUUCUGUAUAUAAACCAAAGUUGCAACCAGUACAAUAUUUUUUCACCUGAAAACAGCACACAACCAGCUACAUGAAUAUCAGCUUACAUCAAGUUCUUACUUUUGUACACAGUUUUAGCUGAGCCAAAAUUCAGUUUCUUUUGUUUCAUAUAUCACAUUUUUGUUAUAUUUUUUAAGUGGCAUUGACAGCAAAUCAGAAAACAAUAUCGGGAGAACUGAAUCAUUGACAAUUUCUACAUUUUGUGCUGGAUAAAUGAAUGUUUUUUGAGGAGUCUGAUUUUUUAUUUUUCAUUUCAACAACUGAUGCUCAUAUCAUUUUUCAAUUUGUAAUUUUUGUGCUUAAACACGACAGUGCUUCCCCAGGGACGCUCCUUUCUUUACUUCAUAUCUCAGGAUGCAGACCUAAAAUAAUCUUUGUAUUUUUAAUUUAAUGGCCCAAAUCGUAUUUGUAGUAGGAAAACAGUCAAAAGAAUACUGUAAAUCAGAUAUGUUUAGUUUAAACAAUAUUUAUUAAUCAAAUAGCAUUUAAUUACUAUACAUAUUUACAAAAGCUAGGGAUCAAGUAGAAAGCCAAUAAGCUUUUUUAGAAACUCUUUCUAUAUUUGUGAGGAUAAAAUUAGGAUAAAAUAUUUAAAAUUGUAAUCAGUUAACAUGGAUUAAUUUUGGUGAUAUAUGGUAACAUUGUGACAAAUAAGGCUUUCAAUAUUAAUAAGAACACUCAAAAUUUUGUUUUCACGACCAUGGACAGUGAAUAUAGUGAAAAUAAACCCCUUGCAAAAUUUUCUGAUUUAACAGCAAAACCUUGAGACCAUUUUGCCAAAUAUAAAACAAAAGAAUCAUUGGUGCAUAUAACAUCAGUUUUCACUUCUUUGCCAGAUACAUAUAUAAAAUUGUGUAGAUGAUGAUGAAAAAAAUGAUGAUCACUUUCUUAACACUUAAGUGUAAACAUGUACCUUUGAAGUGACAUGAUUCAAGAUAUAAUUUAGUCAUGUUUUUUUUUUUUUUUUUUUUUUUCAAACAGCACCAAUUAUUGAAUAUUGAAAUUGAUAAACCAGUAUUGUUUUACUCCCCUCCCCGUUUAGAAAAGAAUGGGUAUAAUAUUUUGCUGAUAAUCAUUCAGUCCAUCAGUAGACCAUUUGGUUUCCCAUCAAUAACUAGAGAGCAUUCAUUCUCGCAUUAGUCAGACCUCAUAAGAUGAUAGCCAAUGGUCAGAAGAUGACCCCAGUUUUUUUUUGAGGAUUAGUAGAUCAAAGGAAAAGUAAAAGUGACCUUGAACCCAGAAACGGAUUCCAGGGACCACUGUGGCUGAAUGGUUAAGGGCUUGGUUAAGGGCUUAGUCACUUGAAUAGCACUAAUGUGUUUUGUGAAUAGAACAUUCCAUUUUGGGCUGUCAUCAUACUGACUUACUAAAUGUCGAUGGUUCUACCUGGGUGUCCGCUCUGAUAAUGCCGAAAAGAAUGCUUGGAAGGGCACCUGGGUUCUUCCUACACCACUGAAAUCUGGAAAAAUUGCCAUAAUGGCCUAUAUUGUGUUGGUGUGACUAAACUGAAAAAAAAGAAAACAGUUUUCUGCUAAAUAAUUAAACAACACUGUUGCCUUGUCAGAUUUCAUAGGAUGAUAUUAUGUGAUCAGUAGAUGACCAAAAUUGUUGCAGGGUUUAGUAGAUCAAAGUUCAAGGUCACAGUGACCAUGAUAACACAGAGACCUAAAGUUGAAUUCCUUCUUUUAUGACAUUAAAUUUCAAUGGCAUAACUAUCAGUUUUCUGCAUAUUUAGUUUUCUACAUAUUUUAUUGACUAAAAAGAUUUUUAUAAGUAAAAUUCUUUUAUCACAUGUUUGACGUCGCGGGAGUGUAAUAAAGCCGUUACAUAAAAAUGAUAAUGCACUAGUGUAAUAAAGCUUUGACGUCGACGUCAUUUAUAAUAUAGGAGACGUCGGUCAAAUUGACUUGUUUAUAAUAGUUUAAGGAAGUAGGAAGUUUUGCUGUUUCGACAGGAAAAGCUGAUAUUUGAUAAAAAGAAUAUUACAUUUGUGACUUUUUAUAUUGUAUAUAUUCAACUUGUUGAAUAGAAUUGAUAAAAUGCUAGGCAGAGCCUGGCAUUUUAUUAUUUUAUUCAACUCGUUUAAUAAAUUCAAUAUGAAGAGAAACUCGUGUAAUAUCCUCUAUAUAAAUCACUUUUAAUAUUCUUUGUAUUGUAUUUACUUUUUUUUCAUUUUUGAAAAUAAAAUUACAUAAAUCUGGGGAUAUAUAAUUUUAUGAAAUAGUUUUAAAAACUGGAGUCUAAUUGCAGUAUUUUAAAUGACGGUAAACGACUAACAUCUACAUUCAGAUUUCUUUAAGUUUAAAAAUUGCAGUUAUGUAUCUCCCAUAUGUGAUCUUGGCAUCCUUUGGCCAUAACAAUUUUUUUUAUAACAACUGGACAGUGUCGAAAUCGCAUGUGGGGAAUACGUAAAUGGAACGGAAUUUGCCGAUUAUCAUUACUGGUCCAUUACCUUAAUGGUGUUAUUUUUUAUGCUUGCUUGCUUUUCUUACUGUAUAAAGAACAUGGGAAAUUUUGAUUACCAAACAGACUGUAUAAGCAAGAGGAAUUUAGUGCUGUGUAUUGCUUAGACAAAAUCACUAUAAAUACAUAAUUAUUACACAUAUCAAAGAUGGAGCCAAGUUUGUAUUUCUGCAUAUCAUCCCUGUUUUUGUGAUCUUGUAAUAAUUCAUGCUCUUCUGUUAUAAUUUAUGAAUUGCUGGCAUUAAUAUUAAAUCCAUGACUAACAUUCACAAAUUUAUUUAUGAGACAAUUAUUUUUUUUUGUCGCAGCCAUUCUGUCAGUUAAUUUAUUGGACAAUUUCUAUAUUUGAAACACGCAUAUACACAUGUACACACGUAUACUUAAAGAAAAUACAACCUUUUUAUUUGAUUGGCUGGAUGUAAUAAUACAUUUUUUUGGUUAUAUGUUAUGAAUGUGAUAUUUAUGACUGACUGUGAUGGUAAAGUUGUAUGAACGUAUUUUAUUGUGCCCCCUCCCCCCCUCCCAUGAGUGGUGGGGGCAUAUAGAUUUGGUCUUGACGGGACUAGCUCAAAAGUAUUUCAUAUAAAUUGAUUAAACCUUGCAUGAGUCUUUAUCAUGAUAUGAACUUGCGCACCUCCUAUUUUUCGUCUGGCUCUGCCCCCUAUUUUCAGAGUUACGGCCCCUGACAUAGUCAAAAAUGCACAUUUUCACCUUGUGACACGCCUAGCUCAAAAGGUAUUUGAUAUAGAUUUAUGAAACCUUGCAUGAGUCUUAAUCAUGAUAUGAACUUGCGCACCUCCUAUUUUUCAUUUGGGUCCGCCCCCUAAUUUCAGAGUUAUGGCCCCUGAAAUAGUCAAAAAUGAACAUUUUCACCUUGUGACAAACCUAGCUCAGAAAGUAUUUAAUAUAAAUGGUUGAAAACUUGCAUGAGUCUUUAUCAUGAUAUAAACUUGCACAUGUCUUAUUUUUUGGCUGACUCCACCCCCUAUCUUUAAAGUUGUGUCCCCUGAAAUAGUCAAAAGUGCACAUUUUCACCUUGUGACACGCCUAGCUCAAAAAGUAUUUGAUACAGAUUCAUGAAACCUUGCAUGAGUCUUAAUCAUGAUAUGAACUUGCGCACCUCGUAUUUUUUAUUUGGGUCCGCCCUCUAUUUUCAGAGUUAUGGUCCCUGAAAUAGUCAAAAAUGCACAUUUUCACCUUGUGACAUACCUAGCUCAAAAAGUAUUUAAUAUAAAUGGUUAAAAACUUGCAUGAGUCUUUAUCAUUAUAUAAACUUGCUCACCUUUUAUUUUUUGGCUGGCUCCACCCCCUAUUUUAAAGUUACGUCCCCUGAAAUAGUAAAAAAAAUGCACAUUUUCACCUAAUUAUGUGCCUAUUUUUAGCUCACCUGUCACAAAGUGACAAGGUGAGCUUUUGUGAUCGCUCAGCGUCCGUCGUCCGUCGUCAGUCCGUGCGUCCGUGCGUAAACUUUUGCUUGUGACCACUCUAGAGGUCACAUUUUUCAUGGGGUCUUUAUGAAAAUUGGUCAGAAUGUUCAUCUUGAUGAUAUCUAGGUCAAGUUCGAAACUGGGUCACGUGCGGUCAAAAACUAGGUCAGUAGGUCUAAAAAUAGAAAAACCUUGUGACCUCUCUAGAGGCCAUAUAUUUCACAAGAUCUUCAUGAAAAUUGGUCAGAAUGUUCAUCUUGAUGAUAUCUAGGUCAAGUUCGAAACUGGGUUACGUACCAUCAAAAACUAGGUCAGUAGGUCAAAUAAUAGAAAAACCUUGUGACCACUCUAAAGGUCAAAUUUUUCAUGGGGUCUUUAUGAAAAUUUGUCAGAAUGUUCAUCUUGAUGAUAUCUAGGUCAAGUUCGAAACUGGGUCACGUGCGGUCAAAAACUAGGUCAGUAGGUCUAAAAAUAGAGAAACCUUGUGACCUCUCUAGAGGCCAUAUAUUUCAAAAGAUCUUCAUGAAAAUUGGUCAGAAUGUUCAUCUUGAUGAUAUCUAGGUCAAGUUUGAAACUGGGUCACGUGCGGUCAAAAACUAGGUCAGUAGGUCUAAAAAUAGAAAAACCUUGUGACCUCUCUAGAGACCAUAUAUUUCACAAGAUCUUCAUGAAAAUUGGUCAGAAUGUUCAUCUUGAUAAUAUCUAGGUCAAGUUUGAAACUGGGUCACGUGCCUUCAAAAACUAGGUCAGUAGGUCAAAUAAUAGAAAAACCUUGUGACCACUCUAGAGGUCAUAUUUUUCAUGGGGUCUUUAUGAAAAUUUGUCAGAAUGUUCAUCUUGAUGAUAUCUAGGUCAAGUUCGAAACUGGGUCACGUGCGGUCAAAAACUAGGUCAGUAGGUCUAAAAAUAGAAAAACCUUGUGACCUCUCUAGAGACCAUAUAUUUCACAAGAUCUUCAUGAAAAUUGGUCAGAAUGUUCAUCUUGAUGAUAUCUAGGUCAAGUUUGAAACUGGGUCACGUGCCUUCAAAAACUAGGUCAGUAGGUCAAAUAAUAGAAAAACCUUGUGACCUCUCUAGAGGCCAUAUUUUUCAUGGGAUCUGUAUGAAAGUUGGUCAGAAUGUUCAUCUUGAUGAUAUCUAGGUCAAGUUCGAAACUGGGUCAUGUGCGGUCAAAAACUAGGUCAGUAGGUCUAAAAAUAGAAAAACCUUGUGACCUCUCUAGAGGCCAUACUUGUGAAUGGAUCUUCAUGAAAAUUAGUCAGAAUGUUCAUCAUGGUGAUAUCUAGGUCAAGUUCGAAACUGGGUCACAUGCCUUCAAAAAGUAGGUCAGUAGGUCAAAUAAUGAAAAAACCUUGGGACCUCUCUAGAGGCCAUAUUUUUCAUGGGAUGUAUAUGAAAGUUGGUCUGACUGUUUAUCUUGAUGAUAUAUAAGGUCAAAUUUGAAACUGGGUCAGCUGAGAUCAAAAACUAGGUCAGUAGGUCUUAAAGUAGAAAAACCUUGUGACCUCUCUAGAGGCCAUACCCUUGAAUGGAUCUUCAUGAAAAUUGGUCAGAAUGUUCAUCUUGCUGAUAUCUAGGUCAAGUUUGAAACUGAGUCAUGUGCCUUCAAAAACUAGGUCAGUAGGUCAAAUAAAAUAAAAACCUUGUGACCUCUCCAGAGGCCAUACUUUUCAUGGGAUCUGUAUGAAAGUUGGUCUGAAUGUUCAUCUUGAUGAUAUCUAGUCAAGUUUGAAACUGGGUCACGUGCGGUCAAAAACUAGGUCAAUAGGUCUAAAAUUAGAAAAAUCUUUUGACCUCUCUAGAGGCCAUAUUUUUCAAUAGAUCUUCAUGAAAAUUGGUCUGAAUGUUCACCUUGAUGGUAUCUAGGUCAGUUUCGAAACUGGGUCACAUGCGGUCAAAAACUAUGCCAGUAAAAAUAGAAAAACCUUGUGACCUCUCUAGAGGCCAUAUUUUUCAUGAGAUCUUCAUGAAAAUUAGUGAGAAUGUUCACCUUGAUGAUAUCUAGGUCAAGUUCAAAAACAGGGUCACGUACUGUUGAAAACGAGGUCAAUAGGUCAAAUAAUAGAAAAACCUUGUGACCUCUCUAGAGGCCAUAUUUUUCAAUGGAUCUUCAUGAAAAUUGGUCAGAAUUUUUAUCUUGAUGAUAUCUAGAUCAGAUUCAAAACUGGGUCACAUGAGCUCAAAAACUAGGUCACUAUGUCAAAUAAUAGAAAAAAGUACGUCAUACUCAAAACUGGGUCAUGUGGGAACAGGUGAGCGAUUCAGGACCAUCAUGGUCCUCUUGUUAAAGUUAUGUCCCCUGAAAUAGUAAAAAAAAUGCACAUUUUCACCUAAUUAUGUGCCUAACUCAAAAAGUAUUUGAUAUAAGUUCAUGAAACCUUGCUCGAGUCUUUAUCAUGAUGUGACCUUGCACACUUGGCAUUCUUCUUGAGAUUCUUAGUGCUUAUUACAGAGUUAUUGCCCUUGAAAUAGCCAGAAUAGUGGAUUUUUUGUUUGUGAUGCUCAUAGCUUGAAAAGAUUAUGGUCUAGAAUAAUGACUCCUUUUCAUAAAAUGUUUGUUGAGGCUAUACCCCCUUAAGACUGCAAAGAUUUUAAGUAUUGCCCCUUAUUUGUGACAAAUGUACCAGUGGGGGCACACCCUGUGUCCUACAGACACAUUCUAGUUUUGUCAUAUUGUCAACAUUUUUGUGUUCAUGCUUUCUCCUCUGCAUGGUAAGUGUAUUAAUUGAUCAGUUUGUGAUUUAAAUGCUGUUGUGCAAUGGAUUAUAUGUGCUGUGAUUUUGUAUAUUUUAUUUAUCAUUUUGUUUUCUCCAUAUUGUUACAUGCUUACCACGUUUAUUAUCCCUUGCUGAAGGUGGAGGAAUAUAGAUUCGGUGUUGUCGGUCUGACUGGACGUCCAUCCAUAUGUGUGUCUGUCAGCGCUUAUAAUUCAAAAAGUAUUUUAGCUAGAAUCAAGCGGCCAUUGCUCACAUAUAGUAUUAUCCUCAAUUAUAUAGUAAAAGCAGACUUUUUCCCCUUGAUUUGUUGAAAACUGUAUGUAAGUAACCUAUCAAUACAUCAUCAUGAAACUCUACUGUAACACAAAUGUAGAUCAUUUUAAGAUGGCAUUGCAUGCGCAAUUUUCGUCAGGAAUUACUGAGUAGUUGCCAUUUAACUGUUUUGCAAUCCAUAAAUUUCCAAAUAAUAAAAUAAACCACUGAUGGAUCUUCAUGAAGUUUAAUACAAACAUAGAUCACUAUAGGGACGUGGUGCAUACACAUCUUUCAUCAGAAUCUCUUCAAUAACUACAGAGUUACUACCUUUAAGUUGUUAUAUAAUUCUUUAAAUAUCUUUCAAAAUGUAGUUCCCUCAUUCACAUUUGGCAGGGGAUAUAAAUUCAGUGAAUUUGCUUGUUCGUUAAGAAUUGUAUGUUUUUGUGCAAACUCAUUUCAUUAAGGCAUUAAAUACUUCAUGUUAAGGAUUCCAUCGUUUUACACUAAUAAAUAAAAAUAAUUAUAAUAAUA